AUGCUGCAGGUGCAAAUGAUGGAGUGGGAGCCAGAGCAGACCAGCUGCCUGACAUGCCCACUGUGCCUGCGGUCGGGGUUCGCCUCGCUGGACGCGCUGCUGCAGCUGUACCUGCACUGCUCGCUCUGCCCCAAGAAAUUCAAGACGGCCAAGGGUCGCGCCAGCCACGUGCGCUCCAAGCACGGCGCCGAGUGUGCGGCGGAGGGCGUGGCCUGCGCUGUCUCCCCGACGGCGCAUCGGCGCCUGGCGCACGGCGACGGACCCACCGAGCGGUGCGCCAUCUGCCAGCGGCAGUUCACCAGCAGCCGCCGCCUGCAGCGCCACCUCGUCACGCACAACGUCCGCCCGGAUGCUUCUUCCGCGUCGGACACGAAAACGAAGGAAAGUGCUGAAUUUGAGUGUCCUACAUGCAAGAAAACAUUUACCACUGCUCAUUUUCUGAAGAAACACAGCAAACUGCAUACUGGGGAGACGCCGUACGUGUGCGACGUGUGCGGGCGCGGCUUCGCGCUGCAGCAGUCGCACCACAAGCACCAGCAGUACCACACCGGCCAGCGGCCCUACGCCUGCCCGCAGUGCGGCCGCGCCUUCCGCGAGUCGGCCACCCUGCAGAACCACAUGCGCAUCCACUCGGGCGAGAAGCCGUGGACGUGCGAGACCUGCGGCAAGUCGUUCCGCCAGCGCAUCACGUACGUGGUGCACCGACGCAUCCACACAGGCGCGCUGCCCUACACCUGCACCGGCUGCAACAGCGGCUUCCGCUACAAGGUCAGCCUCCGAGCUCACAAAUGCACGGCGACUGAGCCGACCAGUGCCCCGACCCUGGCGCCACCCGAAGGCAGCCCUGCGCCCGACAACUUACAGGCCUCGCCGGCGGCGACGCCAUCGUCGACGCAUCCACGCCAGCAUGUUGCAGCUGGUUCAACGCCAGCGCUGACGAACGAACACGCCGCCCAGCAGAGCAUGCCAGCGGCCGUGCUCCUCGAGCCGUCCGUGUUUCCGUUCGUCGCCGAGCAAUUCCCACUGGAGGACGGACUGGCAACGAACACCGCCCCGGUCCACUCAAGCGGACCGCUUCCCGCCGCGGUCGGCACGCCCACUCGUCUCGCAGCGGCGGGCGUGCCGGAGGGGCCGUCCGGCCAGCAGCGCUUCCGGCCCAAGGUGUCGCGGAUGCUGCUGCACCGUUUGGUGCAGAAGCUGCGGGCGAUCGAGAGCGUGGCGCGCGAGCUGGCCAACAUCCCGCUUAACUCGCCGCCGCCGCCGACCCCCUGCGACCUGGACAUGCUCCUCAGUCAGCUGUUUGAUGAAGACUAG